AUGACAACUCUGGAGGGCACCCCUCCUGGGGAUAAUAAGCAGUUUCCUGAGUGUAACGUCACGUUUCCUCCCACCAGGUAUCUCAACAAGGUGACGAUCCAAGACCUGCAGAGACAGAAGGUUUGGCACUUCCUGUCCUCAUCAUGGCUGAGCUCCGACAGGGGGGAGGGGCUGACCAAGAAGACCCUCAAUGCUGCCAAGAAGAAUGAGAUCAGAAGCUUUAGAAAUAUUUUCCAGACCAGGACGUCGACAGGCUUUAGAGAUCAGCACAUCUGGGUGUCCAUUGUAGACCCUCCCUGGCGUAGCCCGUUCACCCGAGCACAGAGGGUGUCCUGCUGCAUGAGCCUCCUGCUCUGCACCAUGGCCAUCAACAUCGCCUUCUGGAAGAUCCCCAAAAACCAGCAGUCUCCUGUCAUCUUCACCAUUGGUUCGCUGAAGGUCACUUGGGAGGAGAUCAUGGUGGGGGUGGAAAGCGGUUUGCUCAUGUUCCCCAUCAACAUCCUCAUCAUCACCAUAUUCCGCAGUAUCAAGUCACGAGUCGUCCAACCAAAGGAGAAGAGCCACGAUAUGCAGGGCCUGAAACCCCUCGCUGUUACCAUGCCAACCAUUCUUAAGGCCAUACAAUAUCUUAUUGGUUAUAGCAACCAUUAA